UUUAAGUCCAUGUUACAAAACGGUUCAGUCCGCACUGUUUUCACUUCAUUUUGCGUAUUGCCUGGCUUCGUGCGUCUUUAAUCUGCUCUUAUAUUGUGAGCCUAUAUCCAUUCGGUAACAGAACACAAGAUGUACUGUGUUGUAUUGUUGGUGACUUGCGGAUUGUUGCCACAUCUUGGCCGGGGGCAGCAAACUGGUGCACCCACGUCAACCGAACAACCGAAACCAUACAAAUUAAAAGAGGCACCGAAUUUCAACACUCCGGGUGUGUACCAACUGACUCCCCCCGUGGACCACGCCGAAGGCCCAGCAUGGGACGGCAGGAAGAACGUCCUGUACUACGUGGACAUCCACAGCGGACGGGUGCUCAGUUACAAUUUUUUCACGCGAUCGGUCAGCUCGAUCACACUCAACGGCCAAGUGAGCCCCGUGAUACCCUCCAAGAACAACGAGAACCUGCUGAUAGUUGGGGUGAAUCGGACAUUGGUGGCGCUGGAGUGGGACGGCGAGAAGGAACUCGGAAACCAACGGGUGCUCACCACAGUGUCCCAGCAAUUCCCUACCAGUCGAUUCAACGACGGCAAAGCCGACAAAAUGGGGCGCCUAUGGAUCGGCACGAUGGGUUUCGAAGACGUCUCGAAGGGUACACUGACGCCCAACGAAGGUGUGUUGUACCGCGUCACGAAAGACACACUCAUCAGUCCCAGCGUCAAGGUCGCACCGGUCAACAUAAGCAACGGCAUCGCUUGGACCAAAGCCAACGAUAAAAUGUAUUACAUCGACACUCCCACCCGACAGGUGAUCGAGUACGAUUUCGAUGCAGAAAAGGGCGACAUUUCCAACGGGAGAGUCGCUAUCGACGUGAGCAGAUUCCCGACGCUCACCGGCAAUCCAGACGGCAUGACGAUCGAUGCCGAUGACAACCUGUGGAUAGCCUUGUACGGAGGAGGGGCUGUGAUCAAAGCUAACCCGAAAAACGGUCAACUGUUACAGGUCGUUCCGAUUCCGUCCCGCGACGUGACGUCCGUGGCGUGGGGUGGUCCGAACCUCGACGUCCUCUUCGUCACCACUUCGAGGGUGUCGUUGACGCCGGCGCAGCGCAAGGAAUUCCCGGCCGCGGGUAGCGUGUUCGCCAUGUUGAACGCCGGCACAAAGGGACUGCCUAUCUACGGGGCGGACCUGGUGGACUCGAUUAGACGCGGGAAUUUAUUGGCGGACUUGAUCCUCUCCACAAACGAUUUAUUUGCGCCCCCGGUAUCGAACGAUAUCACGAACCUGGCGAGAUCAAAUUUGCAAAAAAAGCCGGAGGACCAAACUGCAAAUAAACCUUUUUGGAUGACGAUGCUGAACACGCUACGAAAUAUAUUUUAAAUUAAAUUAAAAUGUCGAAAAUGAGCUCGUAGUUUGAUUUUCCCUUGUUUCUCAGAGGCAGUUCGAAGUUCUUCCUCGAAUAAACUGCUCAAAAUAAUUGUAAAACAGAUUUUGAAGGUCUAUUGUACACAGCUGAUGAAGGGAAUGUUGAAAAGUUUUUGUUAGAAAUAGCUGUUAAACUGCUCUAGCUGAUAUUACCGACGACAUACUUGUAGCAAUUGAUGAUCACGAGGUCAGUGCACUGUUAGUGUUGGACUUUACCAAAGCGUUCGAUACGAUGAAUCCUAAAUCUGCACUAUAUCGGAUUUGACAAAAAUCUAACAACUAAGUUGUUUCUUGUCCGAUGGAGUUCAAACAGUAUUCUGCACCGCUCUUUGUUCGACUGGGUGUACCGCAGGGUAGUAUUUUGAGUCUCUUGCUAUAUACUAUUUAUUCUUCUAAUUUUGUGCGGUCGAUACUCUGAGAUUUGUUAUUCAUUUCCUGUUACUAAAAUUAUAGAAGCAAAAAAUCUGCUUCUGAUUAUCUGCUGCAGCUUAACCUGACGUCAGUGUUACUACAUGUCAAUAAAAACAUUUAAGCAAAUGUACAGAAGAUAUCUAUUUGGAAGUCAUACUUUAAUUCCGUUUAUCCUCGCCAUUUCCUUCUGUGACAUAUGAUAUACACUAGGCUUGAACAAUAUCUGGUUCUUCCCUUGUUGGCCAUGUAUUAAGAAAAAAACGCAGUGAUUUGAACUGAAUUUUUAGUACAACAAUGAAUGUAUAGAUUAUUGGUAUAAUUUUUAUUAUAUUUAUUAUUUCUAGAUCAUUAUUUUCACAACACGUUAUAAUAAUAAUAAUAAACGCUUAUUAUUAUUAUUAUAAAGACUUUGCAUCGCGAGAAGUUCAUUAAAUAUGGUCCAUUUGGGCUGUCCUAGAAUUCUCUUCAAUUUCAAAGUUAUUCCACUGAUUAAAAAGUCCGAAAUCUCAAAUUUAUGUGACCUGACACCAAUUAGUAACCUACCAGUAUUAACAAGUCACUAAUAAUUAUAACAAUGAAUUAUCAUAUUAGAGAGCAUCAGUCGGGUUUUUACACAGAGGUUUGGUUGUCCGAUCGCAUUACUAAAUGUCACAGAUGACAUAAUUAGAGCUAAGCGAAGUUCGCAAUACCCCUUGAUUAUUCUAAAGCCUUUAAUAGAUUCAACCACGAGUUGUUACUUGCAAUUAUUACGCAACGAACUCAGUCACGGUGCCAUUACCUGUGGUGUUCCACAAGGUGCGAUCCUUGGGCCUCUCUUAUUCACUAUCUAUAUUUUGUGACAUAACAUCUUUACGAUUUUGCUAUAUACAUAUUUACGCAGAUGAUGCUGUACCUUUCACACA